AUGCACGGAGGAGGCGGGAACGCCGCGGCUGAGGCCGCCAGUGCCCAACCGUCCUCUUCCUCGCAGCCCCCUUGUGCCGACAAAGCGCGAGCCCACAGCGCCUUCAGGCGUGCUACCCCCCCUGCUUGCUUUGAGUGCUCGUCCUCGUCUGCCUCUUCGCUCCCCUCCUCUUCGACGACUUCUUCAAUUUCCUUUUCUCCGUGUGUGCUGCAUGCGUGCUGCACUGAGGCAUCUGCAGCUUCUUCUCUGUGUUCUAGUGCCGCAGUCUCCUCGCCGGCCGCAGCCACUCCCCUUGCGGCGUCUCCGCCGGCGCCGCCAGAGGCAUCUGGGGCGCCUGCGGCGAGGCCCAGAGGCGGCCUCGGGCUGUCGCUCGCCCUCCCCGCGAGGAACUCGAGCGUCGAUUUCCGCCAGCAUGGAUACGACGUGCUCACGUUCGUCGGCAGGGGCCAGUUCGGCCGCGCGUUUCGCGUGCGGAGGCUGAGCGACAGCAGCGAGUGGCUCGCCAAGCAGAUUGACCUCACGGCCCUCGACGAGCGCGACCGCCGCCUCAGCUUGCAAGAAGCAGAGGUGAUGAAGCAGCUGGAGCAUCCGUCAGUGGUGCGCUGCGUGGAGUCUUUCGUGCACAACGACACGUUUUUGGUGAUUGUGAUGGAGUUCUGCGAGCGCGGCGACCUGUCGGCGCUGCUAGUAGAGCAGCGGCGCCGCGCGGAGUUCGUGGAGGAAACGCGGGCGCGGAAGUGGCUCGUGCAGCUGACGGAAGGUCUCCAGUACAUCCACUCAAAGCGGAUUCUGCACCGGGACUUGAAGCCGAGCAACAUUCUGCUGGACGAGGGCGAAAACGUGAAGAUCGGCGACUUUGGCAUCAGCCGCGUGAUGACGACGACGCUGGCGCUCGCGCAGACCGCCGUGGGGACGCCGCAAUACAUGUCGCCAGAGAUGUGCGAGAACAAGCCGUACACCUACAAGAGCGACGUGUGGGCGCUCGGCUGCGUCCUCUUUGAGCUAUGCUCGCUGAAAAACGCCUUCGAUGGCGACUCCUUCCUCGCCCUCGUGUGGAACAUCGCCUUCAAACCCGUCCCGCCGCUGCCGCCGCAUUACUCGCCUCAGCUCGCUCAAGUCAUCCACGCCAUGCUCGAGAAAGACCCCCACAAACGCCCCGCCCCCGCCGCCAUCCUCGCCAGCCCGCUGUUCAUCGCCUUCCAGGCCUCAGACGCACGCCACUUAGAGCCCAGACGCGACGAGCCGACUCGAGCCGCGGAGGAGGCGCCGCAUUCCCCCACACCCAGCCGCACUGACCCCGCCGCGCCCGCCUCACUCGCCGCGCCCUCCGCGCCCUCGGCGCGCCCGCCUGCGCCGCGGCCGCGUGCGGCCUCCGUCUGUCGCUCUGUUGGCGCCACGCUUCGCGGCGCCUCGCCCGACGAGCUGUCGCCACACAAAAGCGCUCGGAAGAGAGACAGGAGAGAAGACAGGCGCCGCUCCUCGCGGGAGGCAAGCUACGAAGCCCGACAGCACACAGCCGCCGACAGAGACCUUCAGCUGCGCGCCGCGAAGGCGGGCGAGGGUGGGCGCGUGCUGGGCGACGGAGAAGGCGACUCUGGGGUAGAGCGGAGUGCCCAGGAGAAGGUGCACGCGACGCAGGAGUUGCAAGAGACCGAAGAAUGCCACUGCGAACGAGAGUCUCGCGAUACAGAGACAGAGUGGGCGCAGAAUCGCGCAGAAGGGAGCGGGGCGCCGCGGAGCCUCGUGGAAGCGGCUGAAGCUGCCUCGGCGUCGCCGACGGGAUGCGAGAGGCCCGAAGCGGGCGCGGAAGCGGAAGAGAGACGCACCUGCCUGCGAGACCUUCCCGCACCAGGGAAAACGAGUCCUGCGCCCUGCGAGGCAGGCCAUCCACGCGGAGAAGACAUAGAAGAACCGGCAGCCGCGAGCCACGCCGAAGCUGAGAGACCGAAUGUUUCUGUCUCGCUCUCGACCCUGGCCGCAGUGUCGACCCCCCACUCAUCUGCGACUGCGAACUCUCCCUCGUCUCCCGACUCCGGCUUCGCGUCUGAGACAGGUGCAUUCUCCGCGCACUCCCCCGCUUCCUCCGCCUCGCCUUUGUUCGGUCCAGAGAGAAAAGACCUCCAGAUGACUAAAGGGGACGGCUCGCCGCUUGCCUCGGCUCCGCGGCCCCCUACGGCAGACGCCAAGGAGAAGAAACCCGACGCAGAGGCCGGACUUCCUCAAAGUGAAGUUAACGACGAAACCAAAAGUACCGAACUCCGCCUCUUUCUCCCGCCCCCCACGCAGACACGGGAAGCGAAGAAGAUAUGUCCAUUGUGUCUCGGCUCUUCGCCGCUUGCAGCACCUGCGCCGCGAGAGCUGCACACUCCAAGGGGCGACGCCACAAGCUGCGGCAUCCAGGCGCCGCGCGAGGGAAGACUCGGCGUGUGGGAUCCCUGCGGAAAUCCACGGGUCAUCUCGCCUUUGGUUGCCGUGCUGGCAGGCGACGGCGCGCGAACGGCGCCCGCGAAGUCCUGCUUCAGGUCGGCAUGGGCAAGCGCCGACAGACACGGCGAUGACGGCGCAGCGUCCGCUAGUCCCGACGACGAAGCGCGUGCGAGGCCUGACCGGCGCGGCGCCUGCUCGAUGGAAACCCGCGAGAGAGCGAGGGCGCGCCGAGGUCGCCUCCUCGCGUGGAGAGCGGCGGCGGACGAAGAGGACACGCCUAGAGGCCCGCGGGCCGCAGAAGAAGCGAAUGCCGCCGUCGCGGAAAAACAGAGAGGGCGCGAGGAAGCAGCGAGAAGAAGAGACCAUGGGGACGUCGGGGAGCAUGCGAAGGCGCCCUCAGGGAAGAGGCGCGCGCAGCACGACGCCGCAGCGGCGCCGGACCGGCGCGGGGCUGCGAAGAGAGAAGAACGUCGGUCUCCAGCCUGUGGCUGCGACGCGGAAGAGCUAGUCGCAGAAGAGGCCUGCCAGCGAGCGAGGAGCGGCGCUGCCGAGGCCGCGGCUGACGGGCGCCGAAGCCGAAAGCGGCUAGAGGAGGGCGUGCGGGGCUGGAGGGACUCGAGGCCUUCGGCGCGACCGGCGCAACUCUGCAUGCAUGGUCGCCGCAGCAUCUCCUUCGCACUUGAGACUGCCGACUACGCGCGCGUGGUUAUCGGCAGAAUAAAACGACGGCUGGAGGAAGCUCCUCACGCGUCGCCCGCUGAGUUGCUUGUCCUCGCCUUCCGCCUCGCAGACGAGGCACGGCGCUGCGACGAGGGUGGCGCCCCAGAGCGAACAGGCUCGCUGGGCUCCGCGGCCGCCUCAUCGCCGGAGGAGGCUGCGAAAGCCAACCCAGAGGGGGAGACCUGCCGCGGGCCUCGGCACCAGGGCGACCAGGCGCGGAGCGGCUCCCUCCGCCCCCCACGCCGAGAAGAAGCCCGGCGCGGGCGCAGGGAGUCGCGGCUUUCUGGCAACCUCUCGCUACAGCCAAGAGGCGAGCGGGCGCAGCCAAAGCCUGGUCUUCUCCGUCGCGGCGCGAGAGCUGAACCCACCCCCAGGGAAAACGAUGCGGCUCGCUCGAGCGGCCGGGACAGAGACGCGUUCGCCGAGCCUCUUCUUGGUGACGAUGGGGCUGAAGCCCAGUCGGAGGGAGCGGGGCGGAGCUGCGCCUGCAAGCAGAAGAGGCCCGCGGCUGCAGCCUCGGGAACCGCCGCCCAGCUUGCUGGAGGGCGCGAAGCACGCACCGUGGCCUCCAGCUCGUUCUGCUCGGCGAAGGACGACGCGGAGGAAGGCCGCGCAACGACGCGCGAGCCCAGAGCGAGCCGGGGGGAAAGACGCGAAACGGAGUCUUCCUCAGGUUGCGCGGAAGUCUCCACGACGGCGCGAGACAGCGGCGCGGAAAGCGGCGCCAGGGAAGAAGAAGGAGCGCCGACGAAAAAGCGGAAAAUGGAGGCGGAGGACGCAGAGAUUCUAGAUCUCCCCUUUGACCUCGACUGGAUGAUGCGUUUCGGCGAGUUGCUCUGCGCUCACCUAAGUGUGCUGGAGUGUCAGAUUUUGCUCAGUUUCCUGCACACGAAGAAGCAGAAUCGUCGGCACUCUGCACUGCUGCCGCGGUCGGCCUCUUUCCAGCCAGCGCCUCACGCGCCGUCGCUCACCCCGCUUCUCGCCGGAGAGCCCAGCGCAGCUGCCUCGCUGCAGCUUCCCACGCGAUCAUCAGGCCGCCUGAGCGCUUCUGGGAUGUCGCGGCGCGCGUGGCUCGCCGCGGACGCGCCGCGCCCAGCGGCCUGCAGGAGUUCCCGGUGCGCCAGCGGGAUCGUCGCGCAUGCCUCCGCGGCGCCAUCAGCCGCUCUGACGGCUCACGAAUUUCUCGACGCGGUGCUGCUGGACGUCGCCAGCCACGCACAUUACGCCCAGACGCUCCAGUGGGGCCUAGGCGUGCUAGCCUCCGCCCCCGAGGCUCUCGACACGCAGGCCGUGCGUGCGUCGACUCCGUUGGCUCGCGAGGAGGCGGGCGACGGCCUCGCGGAUGCUGAGCCCUUCGUGCGCUCCGCGUCGCGCACUCUCAACCUGCCCAUCCUCAGCGCUUUCGUUCGAUUCGACGGUAAUAAGCUGCGCUGCAUCUCCAGGCAGCUUUUCCGCACCGUGCUUCAUCUUUACUUCCCGAAGCUCUCCUCGCCGCAGCUCGACAGGCUCUACCAACUGACAGAAAAAGCUCCCUCGGGUUUCGUGCGGUACGAGCGCUGGCUCACCACUAUGGCCACCUGCCUGGCGCACGCCGCAGACCGAAGAGAAGUGCACGCGGAGGACGGUGCUCUCCCAGGCGGUCGCGGCGGAAGACUCGUCACGCGGUCGACGCCCUCAACGUCGUCUCGUGAAUCGGUUUACACUCCUCCUCUCGGCGCGUCGCUUCUGCCGCGCGGCGCUGCUUCACCUGCCGUUCCCGGCUCAGCGGCGCAGGCGUCUGCAUGCGUCUCCGCCGCAGAGCCCGCCUCUGGUUUCCGUUCGUCGGCGCCGCCCUUCUCUCUCUCUCUCGAGGCAGUCGCGCCUUCCGCGUCGAGCUCGAAUUUGCCGCUCCCUCAGUCCAUUCCUCUCUCUGCGGACUGCAGCUCGUCGGCGGACGCUGCUUCAUUCGCCGGCGGGGCGCGGCCUUCUUCUUUUCCUCAGGCGCUUCUCUUCUACACGUCCUCUCUCCCUGCGUUCGCCUGCGCCGUCGCGCAGCCACCGACUUCUUCGCGGACUUUUUCGUGUCCGCUUCCCUCCACUGCGCCGUUCUCCGCUCCCCGUCUUGCUCUCCGCGCAGCUCGGCCCUCGAGGAGAGCGCCUGCGCCUUCGCCUGCGUGCGAGUCGCGCGACGUAGCGCGGCGCACGCGGAGCGACGGAGCCGUCGCGCAGGCGGAGGCGCCUAGUCCGCGGAAAGAAGCGAGCGUGAUCGCCGAGGCAAGCGAUUCGCGGCUGGAGGGCGAGGCGGCGCUCUGCAGGACUGACGCGCCCCGCCCUCCGAGGCGAUGGGGUGUACGUACGCAGUCGUGCUGCACAGCGGGCCUCGAAGGCGAUGCAGGCAACUCGGCGUCUUGGAGACUGGCGACGCCGAGUCCCCAGGGCGCUCUGCGCCCUGCUGCCGCCUGCUUAGCCGUCGCCGCAACGCCAGCUGGGCUCGCAGCUGAGUCCGAGAAGACUAACAACUUCGACAUUGGGCAAUCGGGCGGAGGCGGCGGCGCCACAGCAGAGAACGCGGCGACACAGACACACGCAGACAGAUUCAAGAGAAACGUCGCAGAAGGCGCAGACGCACUCGCGAAGGAAUCAAGUGCAGGAGGCCGCGGAGACAGACGCGGGCGGGAGAUUGAGAGCGAGCCCGCGAGAGCGGGGGUCGCGCGAACAAACGCAGAGGGGAAAAGGCAUCUCUGCGCAGAAGAGACACCGCCGCCCCCAGUGCCUCCCGGCGCCCCGCCCCCGCCACCGGCCUUGAGUAACGACACACGACGCGGAGAAAACGAAACGAAGAGUGGAGGGACAGCAGACAAAGAGGAUAGCGGAGCCCGUGGAGGCACUUUUCCAUGCGCGUCACGUUUCCGCGCGCCUCCCGCUAGUCUGGUACCUGAGAAGCCGCGCGAACCCGCCAGCAGCGACGCCGGAUGGCUGUCGGUGACUUCCGAUGCCGUCGCGGAGGCCAGCCAAGCAGACGACGCGCCGAAAGCGGCGCGCAAUGACUCCGCUCCCCCCAGUCGCAAGCGCGAGCGAGCGCUCCACUCCCUGCGUUCUCAGUCUCACUCCACGUCUGCGUCGUCGCUCGCCUCGUCGCCCUUUUCAUCCCCGUUUUCGCUGCCGUCUGCGCCUCCUCUCGCGUCUUCACCUUCCCCUUCUCUCGCGCUCUCCGCCGCGCUCGCCUCGCUGUCGCCGUCGCUCGCGGCAUCGCCUCCCGCGACGUCUGCCUUUUCGAGCUCCACGCCGUGUUCACUCUUCUCGUCGCUUGCCGCGCCUUCGUUCUCCUUUUUUGCAGGCACCGACGCGACGACGUUCUGCGGAACUCCGUCGCCCGCAGGCGGCAACGCAGGCUGCAAAACGCCCCCCUCCUCGAUCGCCUCUGCGCGCUCCCCUGGCUGCUGCCCGCCCUCGCCCUUCUCAGCGCCAGGCUCUGCGGCCUCCACGGCCUCCUUGGGCUCUACGUGUUCGGUCUCUGCUUCGCUUUCCGCGGCGCCGGGGGGGGCGGGCAGCCUCGCUACGGCGACCGCCGAGCGCGACGGAAACUCCAGAGAUCUGCUCGUUUCAGAAAAAGGCGACGCAGCCGCAGAGCCCAGCCGCGGGCGCGCCUCCGACGCAGGCCGAGCGGCGCCAGCGAAGGUUCACGCCGACGCGCGCGCGCCUUUCCCCUCUCGACAGGUGCCUUCGCCUGCAUCUUCAGGGGGCUGCAAAGCCGCGCGCGGCGGCUCGAGGGACGUGCCGCGGCGCGCCGCGCCUUCCUCGUUCUCUCCGCCGCCCUCGCUGCUCCUGGGCAGCAGCCUCCUGGGCCGUACUCACCCCGGCGCGCCCUGCCUGCCGCGGCCGUUUGGCAUCCCUUCGUCUUCUUCUCUUCAGAGUCUCACCUGUGCGCCGUCUCUGCUGUCUGUCGCCGGGGUCGACGCGGCCUCGCAGGGCUCGCCACUCGUUGCGGCGCCUCUCCGCGCCUCCGAAUCCGCCUCCUCUGUGGGCGGAUGUGCGUUUGAGAGCGCGAAAGCCCCGCGCCCCUCCACCAGACCGGCGGGGGACGCCAGGCUGCAGGCGACUCAGGAGGGCGCGGAGGGCGCCGCGCAGACACAACCGGCGAAAAGCGUCGCUCCUGAGCAGCAGGCGCGGCCGCGAGCGAGUCCUGUGGCGGCUGGCGAGGCACCGCGGAAACUCUGCGAACUUUGCGCGCCUCAAGGUCGCCCGAGGCGGCCGCCGGCGGUGGCUGAAGCGGAGGGCGAGAUCCAGUGCGGCGAAGAGGAGAGGAGCGCGAGGCGCGAGGACGCAGGCACCGCCUUUGGCAGCGAAGGCAGCCAAGAGGUUCGCGAGGCCUUCGAGCCGCCCCCCGAACAGGGACCGCGUCUCCUCUCUGCAGAGAGACAAGAUAAGGCAGCGCUCUUCACCGGCGAAACAGAGGGGGAAAAGACGGACGAAGAGGGGGCUCCAGCGCACCCGUCGCUCCUCUUUGACCGUGACAUCGACUCGGGGGCGCUGCUGAUUCCCACAGAGUGCCGUCCGUAUGCGAGCAAGACUGCAGCGAAUCGCCGGCGGAGACACUCCGCAUUCAACACGCUCUUCUCCUCCGAGUUCGGUGCGUUUCUUCGCACGCCCUGCCCCUGCGAAAACGCGGCUGCCUCGUCGCUUCCUCUCGCCUUUUCUGCAAUCUCCCCUUGCUCGGCGUGCGGCUUUCGAGAUCCGCACGACCGCGGAAACGCGCCGGCGUCCGGCUGCGGCAGCUUCCUGCUUCCUUCUCUCUCCGCCGUGGCCUCGCGCGGGGAGAUGGCCUCUUUGCCGCCCUGCGCGCCUCGGCGACGCUCUACGCAGCUGGAGGAGCCCCGCGGGCGUCGGGAGGCGCUGGACGGGCGCGGCCGCCGAGGCGGGCGACGCCGCGCGCGCAACAGCUGCGAGCGAAGAGCGAAAAUGCACCGCGUUCGUUCUUCCAGUGUGUCGUCGCCUCCGCAGUCCUGCGCCUCCGCGUCUCGCCCUCGCUCGCCGGCGUUCUCUUCUUCUUGUGCUGUUCUUUCGUCUCUGGCUUCGCCGCGGUCUCCGGCUGCUGCGGCGGAGGCGAUCGGCGCGCUGCAGACGCUGGUGCAUGCGUUGCAGCUCGAGCGAACGGCCCUCUGUCGCCGCGUCACGGAUCCCUCCGCAGGCAGCGUUUCGUUCCUCGAGGCGCGCGAGCGAGAGACCGAUGCGGCUCUCGACGGCGCGCUGGCGACGCUGAGCCUGUGCUGCAACUCAGCUUGCCGAGAAGGCCCUCUGCAGCGAGGAGACUGCGCGUGGCGCACCGAGCUGCGGGUGCCUCUGCGCAGGCCGACGGCGGCAGACGGCAAGGAGACGCGAAGCGGCGAUGAGACGCGCGGUCGCGAAGAGGAAACCCCCGCGUACUCCGUAACGGCUGGCUCCCUCGCGAGACAGACGAGCCCCUGGCAGUGCGCGAGAAGCUCUCGACUGGACGCUGCGCGCAGAGAGGGACGGAAUGAAGACAAUGCCAGAGCCCACAGCAGCGACAGCGAGGCCGCUUGGCUCGCGGCGCCUCCGCCAGAAGGCGCCCCAGACUACGCAGCCUCAUGCAAAGAAGAAGACGGCGACGAAGGCGACAUACACGGACAUGAGGAAGGCAAGAGAGCGGAAACCAGCCUGGGUUCGCUGCUUACGCACGCGUCCCCAGAAGCCCGCUGCAACGGCUGGCUGCCUGGUGUUCAUGCAGAGGAGUAUUUCGAUGCCGUCUGCCUGCUGCGUGAGGCGGCGGAGGAACUCCCCGAGAGGCGGCGCGCGAUCGCCUGCCUGGCCUCAGCCUUCGCCGCCGCACUGCCGGUGCGCAGGGCUCGGCGACUCUCAGCUCCCUCGGAGUGGCGCGCGAGAGCAGCGGGAAGCGAAACCGAAGCAGACACCCGCGACCACUCACUCGCGUCCGCCCCCUCGGCUCCUCCCGCGACGACAGCCUCUUCGAGUCCACGUGCCUCUGCUGCGCCUUUUCCCGCGCCAAGCGCCUCGUCGCGUGCGCAACCAGCCCGACCUCCGCCCUCGCCCUCGAGGGCUUGCACCCCUUCUGAGACGCGCCGCGGCUCGUCUAAGAGUCCUUCGGUGUCUGCGCCACUCUCCUCUUCAGCCGCUGCCUCGCCUAUGGAAUCUCCCUCUAGCAUGUCGCUGGCGGCUCUCGAGCCACGGUGCGAAGGCUGGGUGGCGCGCACAGCCAACGUGACGCAUCCACUGAUUUCGGCUUUGAAGUCUGUCUCCUCGGCGCCCUCUGCCGGCGCGUCGUCUGCGUUCGCCGCCGGCGUGAACCCCUCUGGAGCGCCGCCGACCUCGUUCUCGCGCAACUUGCCGCGGUCGCAGCCUCGCGCGCGCGCAGCGGAUUUGAGUCCUUCAGCCUCUUCGUGCGAAUCUUCCUCUGCUUCGCCCCGAGGGAUGUGCAGACGCAGGCGUCAGAGCACACAGCGCGGAGAGGAAGGCGCGCUGCAGGGCAGAUGCGAAAAGGGGAGCGCCCACGCGCGCAGGAGGCGAGCGGAGGGCGACGUGCUGUGGCCUUUGGCGUUCGCGUGGGGGUCGCGGUAUGCCUGCUGCGCAGAGUUCUAUUCCAACCUGAUAAUGAAGCUCUUCUGCUGGAUGACACUGCGCCUCCCCACUUUCCGCCUCGCGCCCGGAGACUCAUCGGAGACAGGGGAGACGACAGCGAGGGCGAAGAGGCAGCGAGAGCGGAGAACGCGCGAGGAGAAGAUGAGGCAAAAAACGCAGCGCAAAGUAAACGAGGCCGCCGAGCUGUACAGAAGCCUUGCAUUCCUGAAGGAGCAGAUCUCAAGGUAG